AUGCUUCACCCGAGCCGGCACCGCUUGGCGUCCGCCGGGCGGGCCUUCAUGGAGGUCGCCAUCGGCCCCGGCUCCCCCAGGCGGAUUGAGUACGAGCUUUUCACCCGCAAGUGCCCGGUGGCGGCGGAGAACUUCCUGAAGCUCUGCACCGGGGAGAAUGUCCUGCCGCGGGUGCCGAGCACCGCGGGGCUGGGCGACCCCGCGUUUGGCGACCAGUUCCUCCCGCAGCUCACGUACCGGGGCUCCACCUUCCACCGCGUGCACCGCGGCUACCUCGUGCAGGGCGGCGACAUCGUGGGCGGCGCGGGAACCGGGCAGCUGUCGAUCUACGGCGACACCUUCGACGCCCCGGAGGAGGUGCGGGCGGCGGUGUUUGACCAGCGCGGGCUCGUGGGCACCGCCGUGAGUGCCCCGCACCUCAACGGCUCGCAGUUCUUCAUCCUCACCGCAGAGGCGGCGCCCCACCUGAACGGGACGUGCAUUUGCUUCGGACGCGUGGUGAGGGGCUACGACGUGGUGGAGGCGAUUGAGCGCGUGCCGCUGGCGCCGUCCGGCUUCCCCGCGCAGCGGGUGGUGGUCGUCGAGUGCGGGAAGCUGUAG